GCAUGCAUGCUGUGCUCAUGAUGAAGAAGAGUACUGGAUUCGUGUACCCCGCGGGCCGUGCCUCAUCCCGUGGCAACAUGGGGCCGAGAAGGGCGCAGCCGGAGAGAGCCAGGCUGCAGUUCGAGCGCGUCUCGUCGCCUAGGAAGAGAAAACGUUCUCCGGAGUCCUCCUCCUGCAGAAGAGAGACAGCAGCCUAAGCCACCAGUGGAACGGGCAGAAGAAGAGGAGGACGACUUUCUGGACGAACUAGGAUGUGCAGCCCUGGACGACUAUGAACUGACGCAGAGACUAACCAGUAUCCAUGAACCAUCAACCUCUGGACUGAAUCAACCCUGGUCCAGUGAGGUAGCAGCUGCCGGGACGACUUCCAAACAGGUGCAUCCCUUGGUGAUGAUUCCACCUGGAUCUCACAUGGAACAGAUGUCAGUGACCACGUCAACUUCGCAAGGAGGGAGAGGUGGUUCAGAGGAAAGAGUCAGUGGGCACCAGAGGAUAAUGCCCACUGGUGGAGAAGAUAGAGGUGAAACUGGCGAAGCAGAAGAGAGGGUCAGAGAACUGCGUGAAAAACUGAAGGAGUUGGAAGAGAAGUAGCUACAAUAGAGACGGGGAGGUUACGCUGCUGCGGAAGGAGCUCAAAAAGAAGGAAGACCAGUUGCGGGAGAUGCACACUCGGCUUGUCUCUGAACACCAGCAGAAAGAAGACGAGUUGAGUCGACAGACAAAGUCGCUCUCGACGCAGCUCGAGUUCAAGGACCAGGAAUUGGCAGCACUCAGAGAGAGGUGCUCGAGUUUGGAACAGCGACAAAAGAACCAAUCAUCUGUGAUCCAUACCAGUCCCGUUGCACCGCCACCGAAACCCAGUGGGCAGAAGAGCAGUGAUUUUCUCUCCACGGAAAAUUUCAUGCCCCUCUCGCAGAUGAGGAGCCAGGGGGACGUCACCCCAAUCCACGUUUCUACUGCUACAAAGAGAAGCGGUCAUAGUCUUGGAAAUGAAAGCAAGAUCUCGCCUGAAGCAAAGAGAGCAGCCCCCAGGCAGUUAUCCCCCAUUCCGGGCCCUUCUCCAGCUAGUGCUGGAUUGAAGGCCCACGGAGCCAAGGCAGCUGUGCCCUCCCAAGAGACACUGGGGGCUGGGAAGUCCUCUCGUUCUUGUAGCCCGGAACCCAGC